AUGCAAGAAAUUGGCUACAUUGACGAAUUGGCUACAUUGACGAAUUGGCUUCCCUGUGACAGUGGAGGUCGUGCACUUGUGACUACUAGAGGACCAUUCGGAGACCAGCAAACACGCCGCUGUACCAUGAGAGCAACAUUGUUUAUGAGGGAUGCGUCUAAGAUCCCCUUCAAAGUGACGAUGAAGCAGCCAAGGAGAGAAGGGUCGCCAUUGCUCUCCCCGUUGCCCUUAUAUCGAGCGAUUCUGAGGGCACACCGGAAACUCCCCCAUGACCAGCGCAGCCUGGGGGAUAUGUAUGUGAGGGCAGAGUUCAGGGCACAUAGGGAUGUGGAGAACCCGCUGCAGAUCAUUGGGUUUCUAAGCUCGUGGCAGAAGUACCUCGAGAUGGUACUCCAAAACACCAAGGACGACUGGAAGAAGUACCACCUCGACGACCAUAUUCUGGAGAAGAUGUCUGACGAUCAAAUCGUUCAGCUCCACGAGUUGAUGAAGAGCACGCAGAAGGUAUAUAAGGACGGCGAGGAGGAAGCAUUUACCAUUGAUGAAAACGGUCAAGUGCUCCCCCGUUAG